AUGCAUCUUCAUCACUCUCAAAACGACACGGUUUCCACUGCCAUUAUUCUCCGAAUUCCGCCGCCUUUCUCACCGGAACAAUUCAUUCCACCGCCUAUCUUACCGGAAGAACUCAUCACAGAGAUUCUCUUGCGGCUUCCGGUGAAGUAUCUUGUUCAAUUUAAGUGCGUCUGCAAAUCAUGGAAAACCCUAAUCUCCGAUUCCCAAUUCGCAAAGAAUCAUCUUCAAAUCUCACGCAUGACCACUCAACAAUGGGUGUUUUCCGAUUUUGAAAAACCUUACAAAAUCGCAUCUUACUCUUUGAAGCCAUUAUUUGAAAACUGGUCAACCCCUGUUAAACCCGUUACCUUGGGUCACAUGAAGAAUAUCAAGAGAUGUAUUAUAGGUUCAUGCAAUGGUCUGCUAUGUGUCUUUCAUAGCUCUCAAAAUACUGUCAAACUGUGGAACCCUUCUAUCCGCUUCAAGUCCAACAAAUCUCCACCAGCCGUUUCGUCACACGAUUGGCUUAUCUUGCAAUAUGGCUUUGGAUAUGAUCAGGUUAACGACAAGUACAAGAUGCUAUUAGUUGCGCGACAUAAGCGUGAUUUUACUCAAUCUUUGAGCAAAAUUUAUACAUUUGGUGAAAAUAUUUGGAAAAUCAUUCAGAAUUUUUCCAUUAGGCCAACUAGGAGGAUAGGAAAAUUUGUGAGUGGCACUCUCAAUUGGAUGGUAUAUAAAAGUGAUGAUAUUGAUGAUCAACUCAUGAAUAUUUUUUCCUUUGAUGUAGAGAAGGAAACUUACAGGGAAAUGUUAUUACCUCAAAAUGAUGGUGAUAAUGUCCGCACACAUCCUAAUCUAUAUGUUUUGAGGAAUUGUCUUUGUGUGUGGGAUUGUAACGGUGUUGUGUGGUUGAUGAAAGAGUAUGGCGUUGUUGAGUCAUGGACUAAAUUGAUGAUUAUUCCUCUGGAGAAAAGUCUAUUGUAUUUUGUUGACCCUUUGUUCAUUUCAGAAAAUAGUGUUCUUUUCAUGAGAACAGAGAAAUCUCUAACUGGCCUAUAUUUGUUCAUUUCACAAAAUGGGGGUGUUAAUGUCGUAAAAAAAUCGUCUUCCCAACUUGUGUUAUAUAAUUCAAAUAGUGGCUGGUUGGAUCCUUUGAUAACUAUAAGUAGCACACUUGAGCUCGAUCUACAUAUUCAUUGUGAAAGUUUGGUAUCACUGCAAUGGUAA